GGAAGUUAGAGCAAGCGAGAGAGCGAGAGAGAGAGCGAGAGAGAGAGAGAGAGAGAAGGGAAGAAGUGUAGUGAGUUCAACAGUGAGUCACAAGUUAAAGUAAGCGGCAACAGUAGCGGCAGAGUUAUCGUACGGGCCUCCGAAUAGAACACGAACGCAGAGACUCUCCAGGUGAGAGAGAAGAAAACAGGUUCAAGUCCAGCUGUCAGGGAGGGCACAAACACGGAAGCACAACUGGAUUAUUACACUGUGGACAUGGCAGUGACCGGCGACGAGACAGAGUCAGCCGCGACGGGAGACAUGCCUGCCUAUCAGAUCCGCUCCCCAUCGUCAGGGCUGCCGCCGGGCGUCGUCAUGGCGGCGUCGCCAGGAGCGAUCCACAGUCCCCAGCAACAGGCAGAAGAGGUGACGCGCAAACGGGAGGUCCGCCUGAUGAAGAACAGAGAGGCAGCGCGAGAGUGCCGUCGGAAGAAGAAGGAGUAUGUGAAGUGCCUGGAGAACCGUGUGGCCGUGCUGGAAAACCAGAACAAAACUCUAAUAGAGGAACUCAAAGCUCUUAAAGACAUUUACUGCCACAAGCCUGAGUAACGCCCGCUCGGACACGCAGACCCUCACACUCCUGCGUCACACGCUUAAAGACUGAAUCUUAAAAAAUAUAUACUGCUGCAUACUGCUGCAGUAGGUUUACAGACUACCCAGGGUUGCAAUUAUCUUCUAUUCCUGCUUUUAUUCCUGCCUGAAUGACCUAGAUACGUAGUGAUGUUUUGUUUGUUGUUUUAUUUUCUGGGUUUGUUUUACACCGUACACCGAUCAAGCAUAAGAUUAAAACCACCUCCUUGUUUCUAC